UUUGUCUUGGUCGUUCGUUGCGUUCAGCGUUGGUCGUACUCGUACUCGUACUCCGCCAUUUUGAAGAAAUUCUUCAUCUUCAAGCUAGCUAGGCCUAGCUAAACCCUACAGAAAUUUAGGUUUAUAGGAAAGUGUCUUGACUUGAUACAAUCAGCUUGACUAAAUCAAUUUACUCGUAAAUUUUAGUUAAUUUGUGCCAAUUCUGAUCUGAAAGUGCUACUCCAAUAUGGGAGAAGAAAAUAAUAAAAGUGAUCGUGACCAUGAGUCCAAAGACAGAGAGAGGGAGAAGGACCGUGACAAGGAUAAGGACAAGGACAGAGAUAGAGAUAGAGACCGCAGACAUCGCUCAAGAUCUCGUGAUCGUAGGAAACGAUCCAGAACUCGAAGUCCACGAGACAAACGGUCACGCUCUAGGAGCCGAGACAGACAUCGCAAGCGCUCUAGGUCCACGUCGAGAGACAAGAAGCCACAAAAGUCUCGCAGGCGCAAGGCUUCGUUGUAUUGGGAUGUUCCUCCUCCUGGCUUCGAGCACAUUUCACCACUUCAAUACAAGGCCAUGCAGGUAUGCCCAUUUCCUCCCUCAGCUGCCGGCCAGAUCCCCGCCAACAUCGUGGCUGAUACCCCACAAGCCGCAGUGCCCGUGGUGGGCUCCACCAUCACAAGACAGGCACGACGACUCUACGUUGGCAACAUACCUUUUGGUGUCACUGAGGAUGAGAUGAUGGAGUUUUUCAACCAGCAGAUGCAUCUGUCUGGACUGGCACAAGCUGCUGGCAACCCUGUGUUGGCCUGUCAGAUCAAUCUGGACAAGAACUUUGCCUUCCUGGAGUUCCGUUCUAUCGAUGAGACAACUCAAGCCAUGGCAUUUGACGGUAUCAACUUCAAGGGACAAAGCUUGAAGAUAAGACGACCUCACGACUAUCAGCCGACACCAGGAAUAUCAGACACCUCGGCCGUCAGUGUGCCAGCUGGAGUCAUCAGCACAGUGGUGCCAGAUUCUCCUCACAAAAUCUUUAUUGGAGGUUUACCCAACUAUCUCAACGAAGACCAGUCUGCUUUCCCCCUUUGUCAUAGCCAAGGUAUCGUGGGUAAUUUGUCUGCUAAUCUCCGGCUCUUUAACAAUCAUGAGUCAUCUGUGGAGCGGCGUUCCGUAAAGGUGAAAGAGUUGUUGAUGUCAUUUGGGUGUCUCCGAGCCUUCAACCUGGUAAAGGACUCUGCAACAGGCCUCAGCAAGGGCUACGCUUUCUGCGAGUAUUACGAUGUCAUCAUGACUGAUCAGGCUAUUGCUGGUCUCAAUGGGAUGCAGCUAGGAGACAAGAAGCUGAUUGUCCAGAGGGCCAGUGUUGGGGCCAAGAACACAGUGUUGGGUCAGCAGCUACCUGUCACUAUACAAGUGCCUGGACUCAACCUAGCAGGCACCUCUGGACCUGCCACAGAGGUGCUUUGUCUGCUAAACAUGGUCACACCAGAGGAGCUGAAGGAUGAGGAGGAGUAUGAGGAUAUCCUUGAGGAUAUUCGGGAAGAGUGCAACAAGUACGGCAUAGUCCGGAGUUUGGAGAUCCCUCGGCCCAUAGAGGGAGUGGAUGUUCCUGGCUGCGGCAAGGUGUUUGUCGAGUUUAAUUCUAUGACUGACUGUCAGAAAGCACAGCAAUCUUUGACUGGAAGAAAGUUCAACAACCGAGUAGUUGUGACUUCCUACUUCGACCCUGACAAGUACCACCGUCGGGAAUUUUAAACAAGUACAAUGUCAACUGUAAAAGGCAUUAUUGUCUUUCUUUGCCUACCAAAGUGUCCGCUUUCAUACAUCUUGUUUAAGACGCUUUGUAUUCUGUUGAAAUUUCAUUCAAUAACAGAACAGUUUUAACUUAGUUACAGUACUAAUGUAUAUAAUGUUAAGACUUGUAUUAUGAAUUGAUUUUCGUUAGAGUAGAUUACUUUUAUAAGACUUUCAGUAUAGUGACACCCAUUGAAACUGGAAAAUAUAUGUGAAUACCAUUCAA